AGACCUUUUUAUAUCCGUCCCAAAGACGGAGGUUGUGACCUACAUAGGGCACUGGCUGCUGGUUUCGAUGGAGCAAUAUGUGCUGCUGGACCCCCGGCAGAGGGCCUUAUACCGGGACGUCAUGCAGGAGAGCUAUGAGACGUUGAUGGCACUUGAAUUUCCGCUGGCCAAGCCAGACUUAUUCUCCCGAUUGGAAGGAGGAGAUGAGGCAGCAACCUUUGACCUGCAGGAGCAAGGAGUCAUGCCCCCAGGGCAAGAUGGUUCUCCUGCAGAUGCCGCUGUGGUGACAGCUGGGGGAAAGAGGGAUUUACUCCCAUCAAUCAGUGGCAAUAUGGAGGAAGAGAAUCUUCCUACACAGAAAGAUUCCAGAGAGGCAGAGCCUGCAGCUGAGAGUCCCGGGGAUGUUGAUCCAAGCAGCGUGGUCCAGGCUGAGAGCCCCCUGCUCCCCCCUCCUCCUUCCUUGCCCCCUCCUCCGCCACCUCCCAACCCCAACAUCUGCCAGGAAUGUGGCAAAACCUUCAGCCACAAGUCCGCUUUGGUGAAACACCAGAAGAUCCACACAGGAGAGAAACCCUAUGAGUGUGAUGAAUGUGGGAAGAGUUUCAUCCAACGGUCAGACCUGACCAUCCACCAGAGAACCCACACAGGGGAGCGGCCGUAUCAGUGCCCUGACUGCGGGAAGAGUUUCAGCGUCAGCUCCACCCUGCUGACUCACAAGCGAAUCCAUGCGCCAAGUGGCGAAAAGCCCAACCGCUGCCCCGAGUGUGGGAAGUGCUUCAGCGACCCAGCAGUUCUGGAGCGGCACCGCAAGAGCCACGCUGGAGAGAAACCCCAUGAGUGUGUGGACUGCGGGAAAAGUUUCGCCUGGAGCUCCCACCUGGAGAGGCACCGCCGAAUCCACACAGGGGAGAAGCCAUACAAGUGCCAUGAAUGUGGGCGGGCAUUUGCAUGGAGCUCACACCUGGACCGUCACAUGCGAAUCCAUGCCAUCUCGGCUCUGCCUGAGGAGGCACCGCCCUCUAAAUGCGCGGAUUGUGGCAAGCGGGUCAGCCACAUCACUCACCCUCAUCGCUUCAAGCACAAGGGCACCCAGACCCCUCUGGAGUACCAGGAGGCGGAGGUGACAGAAGGGGAAAAGGAGUGGCCCUAUCAGUGCGCACUGUGUGGGAAGGGCUUCAGCCAGAGUUCCAAGUUGCUCAGGCACCAGUGCGUCCACACAGGGGAGAAGCCGUACCAGUGCUUAGAAUGUGGGCGGCGGUUUAGCUGGUGCUCUGCCCUCCUCAAGCACCAGCAUGUCCACAGCAAAGACAGGCCUUACUCCUGUCCAGAAUGCGCCCGGGGCUUCAGGGACUCUGCCUCUCUGGCCAAGCACCAGCUCAGUCACACUUGUGGGAACUCUCACCAGUGUCCUGACUGUGACAAAAGCUUUGGGUGGAGGUCUCAUUUGGAGAGGCAUCGGCGGAUCCACACUGGGGCCCAUCCCCAUGGCUGUGGGGAGUGUGGCAAGACCUUGGCUUUGGGUGCUACACUGGCCACCCACCGGCACCUCCGCAAUGCUGAGGCCAAGCUUCAUCAGUGCCCCGAAUGCGGGAAAGGGUUUAGCACCGCAACUGUGUUGGAACGUCACCGCCGGCUGCAUCGUGGCGAGAAGCCCUACCAGUGUGAGGUCUGUGGCAAAGGAUUUCCUUGGAGCUCACACUUUGAUCGCCACCAGCUCUCGCACACUGGAGAGAAGCCGUUUCCUUGUGCCUACUGUGGGAAGUGUUUUGGCCGCAGCUCCCAUCGCAACCGGCACCAACGUGUGCACACCAUCACUGAGGGCCAAGACCAGCCACAGAGCAACCAAGAUGAGGCUUUGCUGGCAACAGCUGCCCCCAACUGGUGGGAGGGGGAAGGAGAAAGGAGGGCUCCGCUGAGGCAGCAGGAAGUCUGGCCAUCUGCCCUAGAUUCAGCCGGCCCUUUCCAGUGGACAGCCAAAUCUCCUGAUGAUGCAUGGAGGACCAUAGGGGGAAAGGGCCUGGGGCAAGGGGCUGAGAGUCUGACAGACUCUGCCGAAAGCUGGACCCAGCCCCCUCCGCGAGUUGCCACUACUAACCUCCCUUGAUUUAUACUUGUAUAAAUCUCAUUUCCAUUUUGCCACCCCAUUCACUGUUUGCAAAUGCCUGACAUACAUACACACCCUUUCCCUUACCCAGUAAACCUGUCCUAAGGCAGGAAUGAAGGGCAAGUUUUUUCUUCCUUCUACCAGCAGCCCCCUGAUGCUUAUCUGGAUAUUGCUGCUGCUAAAACAAUGGAGAUAUUCCCAUAAUGUCCUAGAGGCAAAGCGCAAGGGAGUUGGGGACUGUAACUGGCUAGCAAGCCAGAUCCUCUACCUUUCUCCACAGGCCAAAUUUGACAGGUGGGUAGGGCUGCCCACCUGUCAAUCACAUGGCCUCAUAGCAACAUCAGGUGAUGCCGCACUUUGAAAUCCUGAUCAUCAGCUACAAUAGUGCUGCACUGUGCUUUGAAGUCCCGAUGAUCAGCUGAUUUAUGGUGCUUCAGAGGCCCGUUUUGGCCCAGACCAGCUGUCUUUUUAUCUGCCCACACCUGAUCUCAUAUAUGACACUGGUGAUUGGCCAUUGGGCAUAGCUUGGCCAAAACCAGUAGAUUGGAGAUUCCUUACCCCUGAAUAGAGUUGAGGUUGGGGACAGUUGAGCAGCAGAAGUUGUAUGGAAUGAGGAAGAAAGUUGAUUGCCAGUGGGCCUGGGGUGAUUGUGGAGUAAGAACUAGCAUAAGGAAAGGUGGGAGCCUUAGGAUUAUUCAUAUGGAGGGUGUUGCAAGUUUAGGAUCCGAAUGCGAGGGGAGGGGUGUUUCAUUUGACUCAGCUGCAUCGCUGAAUCUGGAAGAGGCUGGAAACUUGUCAAGUCCAACUUCAAGAACAGCAACCUCCCUCCAGAGAUGAAACCACUAGCAUCCUAGAACAAAACACUCUAGCUUGAGAGCCAAGGGGACACAUUUGCAGGAGAAAGCCAAGAGGAGAAAAAAUUAGUCUUAUGAAGCAUCAUUCUCUUGAGUGCUCUUCCACAGCCCCAUCCCUUCUAGCUCACCCUGAGGACAGGGGCGGGGAGGAUGGCUUUGUCACUGGGUGAUUUGGGUUGCCUGGGAGGAGUCGGCAUCCCAUGCUGGGAGGGGGAGAUGGAAGGGACCAAAUGAAUGGCAGGAUCGUUGCAAAGCAGAACACUGUGAAGUAUUUUCCCUCUUUCCCCCACCCCACUCCCACCACCCAUUUGAAUACCUUCCAUCAUCUACUACAACAAUGAAGUUGGUUGAUAUUAUAUCUGCAAUAAGAAAUGAGGCCAAGACAGAGCUGACUUUGCAUGUUACAGGCUAUGGAGCUCAAGUCCUGCAUCCAGUUGCUUGGACUACACAGACAGUGCACAUGAAGGAGAAGAGCAUAGCUGGAGUGUGAAACCUCUGGCAGAUGCUCAGCUUCAUAAGCCACGACUUGUCCAGGCAGCUUGCAGUUCCAUUCAACACCACCAAAAGAAGCCACCUUGGAAUAUACUCUUUGAACCAACAGACCCCAGGAACAGGAAUGGGUGUAGGGUGUGUUUUGGUUUUGAAAUGUUCCAUACAUGGAUUGACGCCUGCAACUGGAUAUAUACAUAAAGUUUUUGUGUGAGUGGGUGAAAAAAUAAACCCUGAGCAGAGAGAGUGUGUGUGCACGCUGC